CACAGCUUAGUAUAUAUGUUCAUAUUUCUUUGAUACCUCAUGCUAUCUAGCUCUACAUUUUCACACUAUACCAGUUCUAUCAAAAAGCAUCAAUUAAGAAAAAUAGGAAACAUGCAGAACCAGUUGAAAGAUCACAACCACACAGUACAAAUGCAACACAGCAACAGCAUGAAGCUAAACGAGAAGAAGGUAAAAGAUUUGAUGGUGAAUAAGAAGAGACUAGUGGAGAUACCGUACACAGCUUCACUAGCACAAACAAUGAACACACUUGUAGCAAACAAAGUAGUGGCGGUUCCGGUGGCUGCGCCGCCCAGUCAGUGGAUCGGAGCAGGAGGGUCAAUGAUUGUUGAGGCUGAUAAGCAAACCGGAGCUGUAAGGAAACAUUAUAUAGGAAUGGUUACUAUGCUUGAUAUUGUUGCUCAUAUAGCUGGUGAUGAUCAUUUGAGUAACAGUGAUUAUGUUAUUGAAGAUCUUGAUCAAAGAAUGUCUGUUCCUGUUUCUUCAAUCAUUGGUCAUUCCUUUGAAGGCCUUAGCUUGUGGACACUCAACCCUAAUACCAGUCUGUUAGAUUGUAUGGAAGUGUUGAGCAAAGGAGUGCAUCGAGCUAUGGUACCUACUGACAGCCAAAUAGAGAACACAAACAUAUCAGCUGGAGUUGAACUUGUUGAGUCUUCUUCAAGUUACCAAAUGCUGACUCAAAUGGAUGUGCUGAGGUUUUUGAAAGAUCAUAGCAAUGAGAUACAAAGCACUCUACUUUCACGUACUGUUCAAGAUUUGGGAGCUAUCACCGAGAGAAUUUACGCCAUCACUGACCGCACAAAACUCAUUGAUGCUAUCAAAUGCUUGAAAGCUGCUAUGUUAAAUGCUCUUCCUAUUGUUAGAGCUUCUGAUGUUUGUGAGGAUGAUCACAAACAACACAUCAAUGUAAGUUUUCUCUUCCUUGCCCUUUUCACAAGCAACAUAUUAGGACACUUUUAUCUAAAAUUAAUGAUCCUUUUGCAGGGAAGAUGCAGGAAACUUGUUGGUACAAUUUCUGUGACUGAUUUAAGAGGAUGUUACAUACACACAUUGAAAUCAUGGUUGGGAAUAAGUGCAUUGGCUUUCACUGAACAAAUUGCAACUAGUCCUUUGUAUACAGCAUCUGAUACACCGAAUGAUAUUGGUAACUCUACAAGGGAGCUUGUGACAUGCUAUGCUGAUUCCACUUUGUCUGAGGUAAUCGACAAGGCGGUUGCGAAACAUGUUCAUCGGGUUUGGGUGGUUGAUCAAGAGGGUUUGCUUAUAGGUGUUGUGUCUCUUAGUGAUGUGAUUAGAGUUAUACGGCAAUCUAUGUUAACAGAUUCAGAUGCAUGAAUAUGUUUGUUAGAAGAAACAUUUUGUGCUAACUUGUGAAAAUGUUGUAGUUAUGUAUCUGCAUCAAUGUUUUUCUUAGUUCCAUA